CUGGAGUCUCAAACAAAUGGCUCUGACAUCAUGGAAAUCAUUCAAUUUCUUCGACGUUUCGCCGGUCCAGCUACCGGACGAAAGCGCAUCUGUGUUCGGUAGUGGUGAUAUCUCAUGCUUGUGUACCGGGUCCGGUAAUCUGUUUCUGGGUACCGUCGAUGGCAUCGUCCAUACCGUCUCGUCGACUUUCAAGAUCGUGCGGUCCUUCAGAGCAUCCGAUCAUGGUUCGAUAAACCAUAUGAAACAAGUACAGGGCACAGCGCUGCUCGUUACAGUCGCGGAGGAUCUUUUGAAUGAGCCUCAACUAAAGGUUUGGGCGCUCGAUACAACCGAGAAGAAAACUGGUGCCCCUCGAUGUCUGUCGACGAUCUCUAUCAAUAAUGCGAGGAGACAGUUCCCAGUUUCGGCUUUGGCAGUCUUAGAUGAUCUGUCCCAGAUUGCAGUCGGCUUCGCCAAUGGGUCUGUCACUAUCAUUCGAGGCGAUCUCAUCCACGACCGCGGUGCGCGUCAGCGUAUUGUUUUCGAGUCGGAGGAGCCGGUCACUGGGCUCGAGACACGAAUAGGAGGAGUGUCGACUCUCUACAUCUCUACCACUAGCCGGAUACUGACCAUCACCAUCGCCGGCAGGGGACAGGGCCAUCCAGCUCGAGUUCUCGAGGAUACUGGUUGUGGGGUUGGCUGUAUGGUACAUGACAAGGAGACAGGGGACAUUAUAGUGGCUAGGGAAGAUGCUAUAUACACAUAUAGCCCACGCGGGCGUGGCCCCAGCUACGCAUUCGACAGCCCCAAGUCAUCAAUCAACGUCUUCCGGGAUUAUGUUGCCUUGGUCUGCCCACCGCGGGUUAAAUCAGACUCCCUGAGAAAGCUUGGUACCGCUCCAACCGAAGACAUAUUCAGCACACCCACGUUCACCUUACUCGAUACUGAUCUCAAAUUUAUCGCACAUACUGAGAACCUUGUUUCUUCUGUGAAGAGCAUAUUCAUGGAAUGGGGAGACCUAUUUCUUCUGGAAACGGACGGAAAGAUCCAUCGAUACCACGAAAAGAGUCUGCAGCAAAAGCUCGAGAUCCUCUACCAGCGCAACCUCUAUAUAUUGGCAAUAAACCUGUCACAGAAGCUGGGCCUCGAUGCGUUGCAGCAAAAUGUCAUAUUCCGGAAGUAUGGUGACUUCUUAUAUCAGAGAGGGGACUAUGACACCGCGAUGCAGCAAUACCUUCGAGCGAUCGAGAACACCGAGCCAUCGCAGGUCAUCCGGAAGUACCUUGACACGCAACGGAUACACAAUUUAAUCGAGUAUCUUGAGGAAUUGCACGAACAUGAACGAGCAACUGUAGACCACACUACAUUGCUGCUGAAUUGUUAUGCCAAGUUGAAGGAUACAAGUAAACUGGAUUCUUUUAUUAAAGCCCCAGGAGAGUUGAAAUUUGAUUUGGAAACCGCAAUCUCAAUGUGCCGGCAGGGAGGCUACUAUGAGCAAGCUGCUUAUUUAGCUACGAAAUAUGGCGAGAAUGACAUGGUUGUCGACAUUUUGAUUGAAGAUUCGAAGAAGUACGCCGAGGCCGUGGAAUACAUUUGGAGACUCAAUCCCGAGACGGCUUACCGAAAUCUUAUGAAAUAUGCUCGAGUCUUGUUGACGAACUGUCCGGAGGAAACGACUUCAUUGUUCACUGAUUAUUAUACCGGGAGUUAUCGACCAAGGACAGAGGUCGAACCUCCGGCAGAAUCCUCAUCCCAGCCCGCGAGCACAGUCCAGAGUUUAGCAGCAUUUCUUCCUCUUCCUUACAUAAAUGUCGGUGCGGGUACGAAAGUUGAGCUGACUGAAACCCCAGCAUCGACCGAGGACGAGAGGCAAGUACCAGCUUAUGGGAUACCGAAGCCUCGAACGGCAUUCUCAGCAUUCGUGGAUUGUCCACAAGAGUUUAUCUCUUUCUUGGAGGCUUUGAUCAAACAAGAAAACUUAAAAGAAGAGGACAAAAUUGAUCUCUUCACCACUCUAUUUGAAAUGUACCUGGACACUGCCAGUCGAAAAAAGGAUGCGGCGGAAAAGGAAGAAUGGGAAAAAAAGGCGAAGAAGCUCAUAGAGGGAAGGGAUAUCCCAAUCUCAACGUCGAACGUUUUGCUGCUUUCCGACUUAUCCAACUUUCGAGAGGGGUCGACCCUUGUGCGAGAACAAGAAGGUCUCCGAUCAGACAUUUUUCGAUCAUUCACCACCGCCAAAGAUACACAGGGUGCUAUCAAGGCUCUAAGGAAAUAUGGCCCCGAGGAACCGCAAUUAUACGUAGACGCUUUGACAUAUUUCGCUUCGAGCCCAGAAAUUCUCGAAGAAGCUGCUGAUGAGCUGGAUGCAGUCUUAAGAAAAAUAGAUGAAGACGGGCUCCUGUCACCCCUUCAGGUUAUCCAAGCCCUUAGCAACAAUGCAGUGGUGACGAUGGGACGGAUCAAGAAAUAUCUGAGCGAUAAUAUCGAGAGAGAACGGAAAGAGAUAUCCACUAACCGCCGUUUGACGUCAAGUUACAGCACGGAAACUGAGAACAAGAGGAAGGAAAUCGAUCAGCUGGGUAACAAAUCUGUCGUUUUCCAAGCACGCCGAUGCAUGUCAUGUGGAGGCCCUCUCGAUCUUCCGACGGUUCACUUUCUGUGCAAGCAUUCCUUUCACCAGCGGUGCUUGAACGAGGUUGGAGAAGAUGCGGAAUGUCCUAUCUGUGCCCCUCAAAAUGCCACAAUAAGGGCUAUUAGAAGGAGGCAGAUAGAGUCUGCGGACCAGCAUGAUCUUUUCAAGGGAGAGCUCCAGCGCUCCAAGGACCGGUUUGGCAUUGUGAGCGAGUUCUUUGGACGAGGUGUGAUGAGGCCGCAGAGUACUAUGGAGUGAUGGAGUGUCAACUAAAAGAUGCCUCUUUAUUUUUACCAGGCUUCUACCUUCCAUGACUUAAUACCCGAUUCACUUUAUCCAAG